AAAUAACUGGCUUGCGUUUACCACAACUUUAUUUGCACCUAAAAACGGUUCAGGUGAGUAUUGGGAUACAGACUACCAGAAAAUACAACUGGAGGUACUGACAAACCCUCAGCAAUGCAGCAAGAGUUUGAUGACAAAGCAAAGAAACAGCUCCCUACAGACAUGUACUACAAAUAUGAGGAUCUUCACUCCAGACCGUUUAUCACACCUGACUCUGAAAUCCCAGUGAACCUCCUGCACCUCUCUCACUCCUUUGGGUAUGACAGCGGGCGCAGAGGAAACCUAAAGCUGCUGGAUGAAAAGACCCUGAUUUUUAUAGCAGGUAACCUGCUCGUCCUGCUGGAUAUUUCCACUAAGGAGCAGAGAUUCUUGCGCUCCUGCAGUGGAGGAGGAAUUGGAGCCAUUGCGAUGCAUCCCACCAAGAAGUACUUUGCUGUGGCAGAGAAGGGAAACAAGCCUAGCAUCAUAGUCUACGAAUACCCUUCAUUAAGACCUUACCGCGUCCUCAGAGAUGGCACAGAGCAGAAGUAUGUCUCUGUAGACUUUAGCUAUGACGGGAACCUGCUGGCAAGUGUGGACAGUGCACCUGAAUACUUACUGACUCUGUGGGACUGGAGGCAGGAAGAGGUCAUGCAGACCUGCAAGGCAAUUUCUAAGGAGGUGUACCGGGUCAGCUUUUCCCCGUACAACCCAGAACUGCUCACCACUUCCGGAUUGGGACACAUCAGGUUCUGGAAAAUUACCACCACGUUCACAGGUCUCAAACUCCAAGGAGUCAGUUGUAAUUUUGAGUCGACUGUAGAAACAGAUAUUGAGGGCUACGUGGAGCUUCCUGAUGGAAAGGUAAUAUCAGGCACAGAGAGGGGGAACUUGCUGCUCUGGGAUGGAAAUACUGUCACGGUGGAGAUUUCCCGCACUGAAGAACAGACCUGCCAUGUGGGGACAGUCCAGCCAUUUUCCCUGGAAGAUGGUCAGCUUAGGACAUUUGGCUCCGAUGGAGUGGUCCUGGGAUGGGACUUUGAGAGAAUCAACACAACUAACAGUGACAGUCGCAGGUUUGAGAUGGAUCCUAUUAAUAAGUUGGUGGUGGGACACAAUGUUUGCCUCUCCUCCGUGGUCCGGAGCUCUCUACCCGACUCUUUUAUCUGGUUUGCUCAGGAUUCCAAGGGAGCCAUCUGGAAACUGGAUCUUUCGUUUACCAACACAGCUUCUGAUCCAGAGCGCCUGUUUUCCUUCCAUGCCGGGGAAAUCAAGGGCCUGGAUGUGUCAAAGAAAUCACAUCUGAUGGCCACAACCUCUAUGGACUGCACAGUGCGAGUUUUUGACUUCCUGGCAAAAAGAGAACUGAGCAGCAUCCACUUCAAUCAGGGUGGAACCACUCUCUGCUGGGCUCCAUCUUUGGUCAACCAGAGUGGAGGUUUACUGGUGGCGGGCUUCGAGGACGGUGUGGUCCGCUUACUGGAGUUGUACAACCCUCAGAGCCUUCAUGUGGACACGGGUCCCAGCCCUGAAGGGAACGCCAAUCUGUGCCUCAAGAAGGCCUUCAAACCUCAUAAUGCUCCUGUAACUGCUGUGGCAUACGAGCGAAACGGAGAGAUCCUAGCCACGGGGAGUUCAGACUGCACUGUGUUCUUCUUCACGGUCGGGGAAACAUACAAGCCCAUCGGUUUUAUCCAGGUUCCUGGGCCGGUACAGGCACUAGAGUGGUCACCUCACUCCCAUCCUGAAAACAGGCUGCUCAUCUUGUGUCAAAGCGGUCAUGUGGUGGAGGUCCAGAGUCCUGAUCCAGAAGCUCAUGAGAAGCCAGUCAAAACCUUCCAGCUACCUGAUCUGCCCAGCAGAUCCUUCCGGUUCAAAAGCAUCAAAUCUCAAAUCAAAAGAGACGAGGAAAUUGCAAGACGAGAAGUCUUAAAGGAAAAGAAGAGAAAAGAGAGAGAAAACCAACCUGAAGAACUAAAGCUGCUAGGUGGAGAGCAGGAAGAAGAGGAUCAAGAGAAAGAAUUACCACCCAUCCACAUCCCAGAUCCUCCAAGUCCACUCUGCUGUGGCUUCUACGCAGAGCCGGGCCAGUUCUGGCUCUCCAUGGGAGGCUUUGACUCGGGUUUCUUGUAUCACUGUAAGUUCUCUGAGAAUCAGGAUGAGGAUCCGAACCAGCGGCAGGAUGAACCCUUUGACUUCCUGCCUGUCAGUGAAUCAGAUGACGACCCCAUUUGCUCCAUGACUUUCAGCUCCAACAGGCAGCUGUUGCUCUGUGGCAUGAACUCAGGAUCCAUCAGGGUUUACCCUCUGCAGCCUGGAGACCACAGGCUCACCUCUAUGCAGGCCUACUGGGCUCUGAGUGUUCACGACAACCACUACGGACACCUGCGACACAUCCGCUGCAGUUACGACGAUCUCUUCGUGCUGACAGCAGGAGACGACAGAAACAUCUUCACCUUCUCUUUGCUUCCUCCAGAAGAGCUGCAGAAAAGCCUGCAGAGGAAGAGGGCCAAGAUUCCCUCACCCAGGGGUGCCCUUGAAAAAGAAGCACUGGCUGUAGACAUUGUUGACCCAGCAGCCUACAGCAUAGAGACGGCCAAGCAGAAGCUGGAAAAUGACCACCUGCAUCAGGAGGCUGAACUAAAAAUAAUGGAAACGCAGAAGCAGCUGGCUGAACUCCAGAAGACGUUUCUAGAAGUACUGAAGGUCAACCAGAGUCUGCCAGAGCACGUUCGCCUGAAGCCUGAGGAGCUGCAGUUGGACCGCCGUUUUUAUGAAAAUGCAGAGAAGCUAAAGGCCCAGAAGGUGAUGGAGGUCAGACGGGAAAUGGCCUGGGAGCAGGAGCGCAGCACCAUAGCACUUAGAAAACUGCAGGAAUGGUUCAAGGACUCCCUGGAGAUUAAUAUCAUCACUGUGGUUGCUAUCCACUCCAACCACAAAAUCUCUACCUACCAUCUGCCGCCAUCUGCCAAGUCUCAUACUCGGGUCAGACCUCAGAGCACGGCCAGGCAGUCUGACGGAGACAAAGAGGCUGCACUAGAAAGCAAGAAAACCAGAGAAGAGUCUGCUAAAGACAGCUACAAAACAGUGGAGGAUGAGGUGCUGCCUUCCCCGGUGGUUCGCCCAAGAAUGGUUAAGCUGGGAUAUCGUCAGGAAGAGAGACUCCAAAAGGUUUCAAAGAAAGCUGAUGAAGCACGAGCCAAAAUAGAGAGGAGGAAGAAGGAAUGGGCCCAAAUUUACGCAGAGAAACCAGACAAGGACCAGGAGGAUCCAGAGGAUGUACAGGCCAUCCAUGAAGCCAGGCAGAACAUCGGGGAUGUCUUCAAAGAGAAAAAGCUGAAGGUGAAUGCUGAGAGGAAGAAAGAAGAGAGGACAGCCCUGGAAGAAAAAAUGCAUGAGAAACAGAUUGAGAUGAAUGGAUGGAUCGUUGCACUGCGCGACUCUAAGGUUCAGCUGGUGUCUUGGCUGGCUGCUCAGGCUAAGCAGCUGCAGAAGGUCCAGCAGCGUCUAGCAGCACAUCUCCGCCACCCUCCACCCUCCCUGCCCACCAUGUUACGUGAGGAAACCCCAGAGAAAAGGCUGCAGUGCAGCCGUGCCACCUUGGAGCGAUACCGGAUACUCAGGGAGCAGAGGUUUAUGAAUGGUGACAAGGAGGAACAGGCGGGAGUUGUCAGUUUACUGGAGCAGCUAGAAAAAGAAAUGGAAGCAGAGGAGAAGAAAAAAAAAGAGGCUGUUUUGUCUGUAAAAAGAGAAGGAGAGGCAGGAGUGGAGAAAGAAGCAGAGCUGAGCAAGCUGGAGAAGGAACUACAGAAGGAGGAGGAGAUCCUGCUGCUGCAGGAGCAGGACUGUUUGCUGGAACAGAUGAAGAGCUCAAUUAGUCAGUUUGAUGCGGCCCUAUCGAGUCUGCACAGCCAGAAGCUGUGUCUGGACCGCCAGCUGAAGAUGGCCGACCUCCGCCUGGUGACGCUCUCCCAGGAGAUUCUGCUCCUCAAACAGUUUGAGACGAGGGAGGGCCUCCUGGAGGAGAAACUCUGUGGAUGCAUUCAGGAGGAGAAGAACAUCGCGUCAAAGCUGGAGCAGUGCAACAAAGAGCUGGAACAAAAGAAAAGAGAGAUAGCCAAGCUGCAGGAGAGAGUGAAGGCUCUAACUGCUGCCUUUCAGGCUUCGCUGGGAGAACACAAUCAUUUUGAAGAAUUUCUGACCAGAGUCUUCAAGAAGAAGAUCAAACAUAUCAAGCAGAAAGAGCAGACGGGAAGCGAUGAGACGGACAGUGACGAAGACUCUGAUGAUGACUGGGAUGAUAAUUAUGACAGCAGCACAGAGGAAGAAGACGUUGUUCUGGAUGACAGUGUUUGCCCAGCAGGCUGUGAGCCAGAGCUGUUUGAAAACACUCUGCAGCUGCGCAAGCGUCGGCUGGAGUUGGAGGAACUGCUGGCGGAGGAGAAAAAGAGCGCUGAGGCUCUGAACAAGGAGAGCGAUACCCUCAUGAAGAAGGAAAAAAUGGUAAAGAAGAGUCGUCAGGUAGUAGAAAAUGACUUGGAGUUGAUCAACAAGGAGAAACAGCAGAAAAUAGACGAACUGGAUGUGGUGAUUCCUCUGAGACUGGACCAGAUUGAGUUUGUCGUUGACGGCUCAGUGCCAUCAGACCUGAGCCAGGCGUUGGUGCUGGACGAGACGGAGCAGCAGAGGCUGCAUAAACGCAUCGAGGAGCUGGAGGAGGAGAAGCUCAUUCAGAAAGAUCUGACCCGUCAGACGCACAAGCAACACAUCAGACUCAUACAGGAAAACAAAGACAUGGCCGCCAAGAUCCAGAAGAUGGAGCUGCAGUGCGAUGAGUUGAUGAUGAACAAGUUUGGGAAGCUAGUGGAUCUGGACGCUUUGCAGACGCAGUCAGGGAACAGAAGGCUGGAGGAGCUGAGAAUGGAAAAACUCCUCAUAGAAAAAGCCAAUGCCAAGGAGAUCAAACAGUGGGAUGCAAAGAUUAAGGAGGCGCAGGAUGCCCUGAUGGAGGUGACCAGGAGAAACACAGAGCUUCUUCGCAGGAUGACCGACCUCUACGACCAGGAGGGGGAACUGAAGCUUAAACUCAAUGACAGGCAGAAGAAAAUGGGCAGACAGCAGUCCCACAGCCACAGGAGACGUAUGGACCAGGAAGAGAUACCGAAGCUCCAGAAACUGGUGAAACGACAGUCGCAAAACAUUGAGGCUCUUAAGAGAGAGAUCUGCCUUUUGUCUUACCAGGGAGGCCACGUCUUGCCCCCCAGCCACAGACGACUGCCCCCGAUCACGCGUCUGCCAACCCCAAUGAGCGACAUCGAUGUUGGGAAAGAAAAUCCGUCAAAACUCACCCAGUAGACAAAGAGUGGAUUCAUCAAGGAUAGAAGUAGAAAAUAUAUGCACUUCAUAUGCAUUUAAAAUUUUAAAAUUAAACAAAUAUUUAUUACACAUGGAUGUAUUAAUAUUAAUUUGCUGAAUUGUUCAUGAAAAAUGAUUGAAAGUUCCAGAAAAAAAGGAUUAAUUUAUGUUCGUAAAAUUCCUCAUACAAUAAAAACAGUUAUAAUAGUUUUUCUUGAUACUUUCAUUUUAGGGUUUGAGAAAACGAGAAACACAACAAUUAAUAAAACCUGCUCAUCUCAGGGUUAAUGAAGGACAACUUCUGUUUCCAACAUAAAAGAGCAAAACAUCAAGCUACAUUGAAUCUAAAGGGUGUUGGACUGACUGUAUUUCUAUCAGAAGUUUUACAUCAGGGUUGUCCAAAGUCGGUCCACUUUGUCCUGCAGGUUUUCACAGUUUCCUGCUUCAACACACAAGACUCAAAUUAAAUGGAUCCAACAGCCUGUGAAGUUUUGCACAAUGACUCAUUAAUAUGAGUCAGGUGGUUUUGGUGCAGGGAAACAUCAAAAACCUGCAGGAUUGUGGCUCGCAAGGACUGUAGCUUUACACCCCUGUUUUACAAAGGUCUUCCACGUUUGACAGCGAGCCAUUGGAAUGGCAGCGGAGAUGAGGACCCGAAUGCAGGCAGAAUCGGGCAGAAGGCAGGAUCGGUGCAAGUAAAGGGUUUAUUUACAAACCGCAGCACAGGGAACCACACAUAACAGGGAGUUAACCAAAUAAGGAUCUGACAAGGAGUAACUGAAAAGCCAGGGCUUAAAAACACAGACUGACAAAUUAAACACAGGGGACGUACAUGAGUCAUGAACAGAUUAACAGAAACCAAAGAAACACAAAACUAAGCCCUGAACACUAAAAACCAAGAACAAAAACUAGAAACAUGACCAAAACUAAACACAAAGUCAGAACCAAAACCAUAAACCAUUACAGUAGAGCCAGGGACCAGAAGCGGGUGAGGAGCAUCUCGACCAGAGACUCCCUCAGAGCCAGGGACCAGAAGCGGGUGAGGAGUGUCUCCACCACUGUCAAAGAGUGUACAAUGUAUUUUUAGAUGCAGUAUCUAUUAUGUAUUACAAAGAAUGUAAUAACCGAUCUUGGAGUCCAGUGGAU